UAGGAAUGCUGUACAACCUGAAGUUCGAUCAUCCGAUUGUGCUGUACGUACAUGAGGCUCUUACAUUGAAUAUUACUCAAGGAGCUGUUGCUAAAGGCUAAGACAAUGAAAAGAGCAACUGAGAAGUCAGGCAAAGAGAAUUGUCAUGAUCAUGAGACUAAAAAUACAUCAAAUGGUACAGGCCAAUAUGUAAAUGGAAAACAAUCAACAAAGAGCAUUAUUGAAGAUGCAAAAAAGUUCUCAUACACUCAAGGUGCAGCUGUCAUCCCUCCUCUGCUUGUGUUCCUGUGUCCUGCAUUUGCAAUGGUCCUCAGCUACACCAUUGUCAAGCUCAAUGGUUCUCCAUAUGCUCUUUUUGCAAUGGUGAAAUCUAACGGCUGGAUUGGACUCUUUCAGAAUGCAUGGCUGCCGUAUAUUUUCGGCUCAAAAGUGGCGUGGUGUUACAUUCUCCCUUAUGCUGCAUUUCAGCUCAUUUUAAUGCGGAUUCUACCUGGGAAAGAGACAAAAGGACCGAUAACCCCUGCUGGAAAUGUUCCUAUAUACAAGGCGAAUGGAUUACUGAGUUAUUUUGUGACACUUGCUGCUUUCUUUGGAUGUGCUUAUGGAUUGAAUCUCUUCGAUCCUGCAGACAUUUAUGAUCACUACUUAGAGAUUAUUGGUGCAAUGAAUGUCGUUAGUCUUGUUUUUUGUGCUCUCCUCAUUGCUAAGGGACGCAUUCUCCCUUCAUCUACUGAUAAUGGUACGAGUGGUAGUGUACUGUUUGACUACUACUGGGGGACUGAGUUAUAUCCACGAGUGCUAGGAUGGGACAUCAAGAUGUUUACUAAUUGCAGGUUUGGUAUGAUGGGAUGGCCUCUGCUUCUAUUGUGCUAUGCUGCCAAGCAGCACCAACUGUAUGGGCUGAGUGACUCGAUGCUCGUCUCUGUUGGAAUACAGCUGAUCUACAUCACUAAGUUCUUCCACUGGGAAAUGGGCUACAUGAAGACUCUGGAUAUCAUGCAUGACAGAGCCGGAUUUUAUCUGUGCUGGGGGUGUCUAGUCUGGAUCCCGUCCGUCUACACAAGCCACACCCUCUACCUCACUAACCAUCCCAACCAGCUGGGACUGCCUCUGGCGAUAGCAAUAUUCACGAUUGGCAUUAUUUCCGUACUGAUCAACUAUGAUGCAGAUAGACAGAAAGAAAUAGUUCGAAACACCAACGGUAACUGCACUAUCUGGGGGAGAAAGCCAGUCACAAUUCUUGCUAGCUAUCGAACGACUACUGGUGAAAAGAAGACAAGUUUACUGCUUGCGUCUGGGUGGUGGGGUGUUUCUCGUCAUUUCCACUACAUCCCUGAGUUGAUGGCUGCAUUGGCAUGGAGCCUACCAGCACUGUUCAAUAGCGGGCUACCAUAUUUCUAUUUUGUGUUCUUGACAAUUCUACUCACACACCGAGCAAUCAGAGACGAUGGAAGAUGCAGAGAGAAGUAUGGCAAGCACUGGGAAGAGUACUGCAAGCAAGUGCCGAAGAAAAUCGUCCCUUUCCUCUUCUAGACGAGUUUGUAUAAUUAUGAUAUACAGACAUUUAACUAGGUAGAAAGUUGUAUAUAUAAUUAUAAAUUUUAUACGUAGUAACGUCCUAUAUAGCUAUUAUUAUAGUAAAAAACACUUUAGUCUAAGUUCAGCCAUUGUUACUAAUUAUUAUUGCUGUCACAAUGCACAUUCAUUGUGAAAUAUUCAUUUGCACAAAGAGCCAUUUGGUUAGUAUAAUUAUAUUCAUAUAACUAUUGUGAAUGAAGUGUACGGGAUGAUUGGGAUCAAGUCAAUUAAAAUGAAACUGAUAGCCUAUAUAUAUAUAUAUAUUGUCCUACAUCAUCGUAUCAGUUUCUUUGUCCUUUCUGACCAUCAAUGGGCUUCUCCUGACUUUGUGACCUGUCUUCCUUUGAGCUGCUCCCACUGUCUUUAGCGAUAUCAUCUUUAUUUUCUUCAACUUCAUUCUUUGCUGUCUCACUGACAAUCAACUCGUCAUUCACUUCGCUCUUUUGAAUUUCAGUUUUGUCGCUUGUUGCCUCAAAACUGGCCUUAUCAAAAACUCCAUGCUCGUCUAAAUGAUCUAGUAGAGUGCACACAAAAGC